UUUUUUUUUUUUUUUUUUUUUUUUUUUUUUUUUUAGACUUGCUGGCGCAUAUAUAUAGAAAUGUCUUAUUAGACCGAAGAAUAAGGCUUACUGUUUUCUGGGAUAUAGAACUGGACCCUUUUGUGCAGCUUUGGGGCCUUAAACGUGAAUCUCAGCUUCAGAAUCCACGUUACCCGGCGGAGGAGGAGGGAGUGGGAAAUCAUGACGCAGCCAGACAAACCAUUGUCUGAAAAGGAAACAAGAUGAAUCUGCGAAAAAGAAAAACUCAUCAAGUUGGUGCAUCUGCCAAGGCAACACUAUGCUGCUUCUCCAAGUCAUUUCUAUCCCUCUUAUCAAAAACCUUCCUCCUCCACCACCAACACCAACACCAAAGGCACAAGUUUUACCUCUCUCUCUCUCUUUCUCUCAAAAUGCCUCUGAAGAAGAAGAAUACACUGAAGACCAUAUUCACACCUGUGAUGAUCUGCGGCUGUGGCUGUGGUCCUACCCGCACCGGCUCGGAAUAUACUUCCACCUCCAACCCCAACCAAAAGCAAGAACCAAAACCCGAGAAAAAAAGAAUGGAUAAUCCGAAAUCCCUUUCGCCUCUUCACUCGCCCACUUCCCCAUUCUAUUCAUCUAAAGCCAGUCCCGACCUAGGACCUCCGGUUUCCCCAAGACUAUUACGCAGUCCCUGCCCGAAGAUCGACGAGAGUGUGGCCAUGGCAAAGGAAUCUGUCAACCCUUUUGAGGAUUUCAGGGCAUCGAUGAAGCAAAUGAUAGAGGAGAGGGAUAUCGAGUCAGAGGAUGAUCUGAAGGAGCUUCUGAGGUGUUUCUUGGACAUAAACCCUCCUCCUCAGCACAAUGUCGUCGUCCGUGCUUUCGUGGACGUUUGCUCCAGCUUCCGGCCACCUAAUGACCGCCGUGGUAAAUCUCUGGGGAGAUUGCUUCGUCUUUAUGUCAAUCCGGUCGAUGAUUCUCACCAGGCUCUUAAUAUUAUAAGAUGAUGAUUUAAGUGAUUGGAACUCAAAAGAGUGAAAGCCGGUACAA